AUGUCCUCGCCGGCGACCGCGGACUCGGUCUGGCCGCGGGUGGCAAAGCUGCUCCUGCUGCUGCUCCAGCUGUGCGCCCCCCGAGCCUCCCCGCGGCCCCACCGCUGCCCUGACGCCUGCAUCUGCACCUCCGACCUGCUGAGCUGCAGCCGGCAGAUGCUGCGGUGGGUGCCCCAGGCACUGCCGCCCACCACCACCACGCUGGACCUCAGCCACAACGCCCUCACCCAGCUCCACGACCACUGGCUGGCCGCCCUCCCGCACCUCGAGGCCCUUCACAUCAGCCACAACCAGAUUUGGAACCUUUCUCUGCGGGCUUUCCACAACGCCUCCUUCCUGCGGCACCUGGACAUGUCCUCCAACCACCUGCAAGCUGUGGAGAGGCACUACUUCGAAGCGCUGGUGAGCCUGGAGGAGCUGCUGCUCUACGACAACCACAUCAAGCGGGUGGAUGAAAACGCCUUUGCCAAGCUGAGUGAUCUGCGGAAAGUCUACCUGAGCUGGAACAACCUGACCACCUUCCCCUUCCACGCUGUGCAGGGGCUGGGAAUCCACAAGCUCCGCACGCUGGACCUCUCCUCCAACAGCCUGAGCAGCAUCCCCCUGGAGGUGCUGGCAGCCCUGCCCGAAAAUGUCGGCAACGGCUUGUACCUGCACAACAACCCCAUCAGGUGCAGCUGUGCGCUCUACCUGAUGCUUCAGCGCUGGAAUCAGAGAGGUUUCAGCUCUGUGAAAGAUUUCUCUGAGGAACACACCUGCAAGGUGUCUGACAACGCGCCCCGGUCCCUGAUCAAGUUCCUCAAGCACAGAGACAUGUUUGAGAACUGCUCGGCGAGCACCGAGGACGCGCACCUCUCACACCUGGAGGUGGUGGUGGGCCAGCCCGUCCUGCUCACCUGUAACACCAGUAACAGCAGCCUGCCCCACGCUGCCACCACCUCCAUGUGGAUCACCCCUCACCACGAGCCCAUCAAACACCCGGGGAACAGCAAUCGCUCCCUGGAGGUCUAUCACAAUGGCAGCCUGAGGAUCGCCGCAGCCAAGCCCUGGCUCUCGGGGGUCUACGUAGGCUUGGCCAUGAACAGCCCCUACAACUUCAGCAGGAUGUGCGAGUUCAACGUGACUGUCCUCUACCCCAAGGCAGCUGGGGAGACCUUCAGCACUGGCCUCACGACCCUGCUGGGCUGCAUCGUGAGCCUGGUGCUGGUGAUCAUCUACCUGUACCUGACGCCGUGCCGCUGCCUGGGCUGCUGCAGGAAGCCGGCCCCGCUGAGCCCCCCGCAGGAGUGCAGCGCCCAGUCCUCCAUCCUCAGCACCACUCCCCCUGCCACCGACGGGCCGCACCGCAAGGCCAGCGCCAACAAACACGUCGUGUUCCUGGAGCCCAUCAGGGAGACACAGAACGGCAAGAUCCGCCUGGCCCUCGGCGAGGACUUCCCCGACCCCAAGCACCCCAAGGUCCUGCAGCUCAAGUCAGACUCAGAGUCCAUCAGCUCUGUCUUUUCUGACACCCCCAUUGUGUCUUAGUGGGCCAGAGCUGGGAGCAGAGCCGAG